UCUGGGACCCGGAUGAUGUACACCUUGUAUCACAUUGUCAGCUCCACCGGCUGCUGCCUCAUGCUUUCCAGAACAGUCGCUGAGUCUGUCAGGGAGACUGUGCCUUUUUUCCGGGUUUUCUGUGAGCAGCUUCAGCCAGGCUCUGACUGUGACAUGUUAAUCGGAUACUCGGCUGUGUACAGGGUCUCUUUCGGCACCGCCUGCUUCUACCUGUUACUGUGUCUGUUUCUCUUCAAUGUCAAAUCGAGCCGUGAUUUCCGGGCUCUGAUCCACAAUGGGUUCUGGUUUUUGAAGUUCCUGAUUCUAGUGGCGAUUUCUGCUGCAGCCUUUUUUAUUCCAGACGAAUCAUUUCUGCACAUUUGGCGAUACGUUGGUGUGACAGGAGCACUUCUCUUUAUCCUGAUGCAGCUCUCCCUCAUCACUGUUUUUGCACACUUCUGGAACAAGAACUGGAUGAUGGGAGCUGCAGAUGGGAAGUGUUGGAGUCUUGCUGUGCUGGUUGUUACACUGAUUUUCUACGUGCUGGCUGUGACUGCAUUCUCACUGAUGUACAAGUUCUACACCCACCCAGCUGGAUGUCUCAUUAACAAAGCUCUCCUGAUCCUAAACAUUUGCCUCUGCUUUAUAGUCUCGUUCUUAUCCAGAAGCCAGUGUGUGCAGCAGAGGCAGACACACAGCAGUUUGCUUCAAGCCUCCAUCAUCAGUUGCUAUGUCAUGUACCUGACCUUCUCCGCACUCUCCAGCCGCCCCCCAGAGACAGUGGAAUAUCAGGGUCAGAACAUCAGUAUCUGUUUCCCAAGUGUCAGUGACGAUGGGGCUCAGGAAGAGGGAAAGAUGAUUGCGAUCAUUGGAGCGGCCAUCAUGUAUUGCUGUGUCCUGUUUGCUUGUAAUGAAGCUUCUUACCUGGCCAAGGUGUUUGGACCAUCAUGGAUGCUCCGUGUUUACAGAUAUGAGUUCAAGAAAGCUUCUUGCUGUUUCUGCGGCCUCGAUGAGGAAGUGGAGAUGACCGGUGGACAGAAAGUGAUACACAACGAGAGAGAGCAAGUCACGUACAGUUACUCCUCCUUCCAUUUUGUAUUCUUUCUGGCCUCGCUUUAUGUCAUGAUGACAUUGACCAACUGGUUCAACUAUGAAUCUGCCACCCUGGAGACGGUGUUUUCACAGGGGAGCUGGUCGACAUUCUGGGUGAAGAGCUGCUCCUGCUGGCUGUGCCUGCUGCUGUACCUGGUGAUCCUCUUGGCCCCGCCAUGCUGCUUAGACAGUGAGAGGCGGCGUGUGGUCCAUGCGAAGUAG